GAAAGAGUCGAGCUCCACAUACCAAGAAUAUAUCAACCACUAAACCAACACAUGGUAAUGUCAGAUUAUUUUGGGGAGGGAGACAGGAAAAACAACAGCCCAUAAGUGGAUCGAGAGCCCCAACAGCUCAAAGGCAUCACAGGCACGCGCAUCUCUCAGCUGGAGCGCAUCCUCUGUCCAUUCCGCCACUCACUCACCGCGCGCAAUAUGUAAAGGUGUAUCGCUCAUAUGUGUGAUUUGUCCGUUUCCCGAGACCCGAAAUAUCUGGAAAAAAUGCUUUCAAGAAGGUGGAUUGUUGGAGAUUUUGUAUGGAGGCAGCGGGACACCUCCCCAUAGUUCGGCGUAUAGUCUCUCUGAAGAGUGCGCGAGACACCGACACAAGAGUUCCCGCGGCUCGGAUCGAGGACCAUCUGCUGAUUUUCCUCAACAAUCUGUGUCUUAGAGGGAUAACCGAUUCUCAAACGCGUCAGUUGCUGGCAAUAAGAGCUUUUAGAGCUUUUCUGGAUAACAUACUACAAUACCGCUGAACUACAUCACCAGGUGCCCCUGCUUAAUCUAUUCACUGGAUAACAAUUAAUACUGCAGAAUGUGUUCCGCUCCUUUCGGACAGCUCUCAGUUGCAUCUAGUGACAUAUUUGCUCUGGACCACACAGGAUGAAAUGGACAACGGUACUGCAAUAAAUUAGCCAAAUUGACAUUCAUCUACAUACAUUUAUGUAUUCUGAUUAAAUCAGACAGAAUUUGAUAGAUCGCCUGGCAUCAUACUGACAGUGUGAAGUCUGGAAUACAAGAAUAAAUGAACCUGAGUGGACAGACAGAGAAUUAACAAUAUCCAACAUGUUUAAACGGGGCUGUGGCCUGGAGUUCCUGCUGGUACUCUGUGGGCUGGAGCUCUCCUGGUCCUGCCCACGUCACUGCAUUUGCUACAUGGCUCCCAGCACCGUCAGCUGCCAAGCCCACAACUUCCUGUCCGUCCCGGAAGGCAUUCCUCCACACAGUGAGCGCAUCUUCCUCCAAAACAACAAGAUCCAUCGACUACUGCGGGGCCACUUUAGCCCUACCACAGUCACUCUGUGGAUUUACUCCAACAAUAUCACAUAUAUCGAACCAACUACUUUCCAAGGGUUCACCUUGCUGGAGGAAUUGGACCUGGGAGACAAUCGCCACCUACGUUCACUAUCUGCAGAAACAUUUCAUGGGCUGGGCCGGCUCCAUGCCCUCCAUCUAUACCGCUGUGGCCUCAGUGCAUUGCCGAAUAACAUCUUCCAGGGUCUCCGCAAUCUCCAGUAUCUGUACUUGCAGGACAACCAUUUGGAGUAUCUGCAGGAUGAUCUUUUUGUGGACUUACACAACUUGAGCCACCUGUUUCUUCAUGGGAACCGUCUGUGGAGCCUGUACCAAAAUACGUUUAGAGGACUGGGGGCUUUGGACCGGCUGCUACUGCACCACAACCAACUUAAGUGGGUGGACCGCCUGGCAUUCCAUGACCUGCAGCGGCUCACUACCCUAUAUUUGUUUAACAACUCCUUGACGGAGCUAGCUGGAGAGUGUCUCACCAAGCUGCCUGCACUGGAAUACCUUCGCCUAAAUGACAACCCUUGGGAGUGUGACUGUAAGGCUUUAUCACUGUGGGACUGGCUCAAAAAGUUUCGGGGGUCCACGUCAUCAGUUGGUUGCGUGGCACCGGCAGAACUGGCAGGCAAAGAUCUGAAGCAACUGAAGAACGAGGACUUCCCAAAUUGUUCCGGAUCUGAGUCCCUGCACCAGAGUAAGACUAAGACUUGGCCAGGAACAGAGAAAGUCUCACUGAAGCAGGAGCCCCAUCCUGCUCAGCCUCCACAAACACACCCACACCACCCCCAACUGAAUGAACAAUACCCUUCCCCUCCCUCUCCCCUGCCCCAGCCACCCCCUGCCAUAAAUGGUGUACAAGCAGGACCGGGAGGGUCUCCGGAAAUGGUCCCUGCUCAGAGGCCCGGCCGGUCUCGGAACUGCACACGACAGCGUGUCAGGGGCAGCAAGGGAAAAGGACCUAACGAGGUCCACAUCUUAAAGGAGAUGGCGGAUAAGGAGUACUCCUCUCCCGAUUUCACAGGGAAAUAUGAUGAAACAUCUGCUGAUGGUUCAAACACACGCAGAAAGCACAAAUGUACCCCCCGGACCUCUGUGCAUCCCCCUAGUGGGGUCCAGCAAGCCACCAACUGGGGACACUCUCAUCAUACACAUUUCUUUCUUUCUAGUAUUCUGGGACCGCUUGUGCUCAUUCUGCACUGAACUCUGAUGCUGGACCAUCAAUGCUCCAGCAUUCCCAGGCCUACUAAGUGUGUGUGUGCGUGUGUGUGUGUGUGAGUGAGUGAGUGAAUGAUAAUGUGUGCUACAUUUUAUGAGGAGCUUUGCCAUUUAGACUGAAAUUGAUGAAAACUGAACACCAGAUGAUAUAAAUUCCAAAUUUGGGUUGGGCAAUAAGAAGAAUAGUGAAGCAAACCGAACAUGCUUGCACUGCCACUGUUGUUGUUGUUGUUGUUUUUAUUUUUUUCAUUGUUCUGUUUUUAAAAAAAAGAACAAUUACAAUUUCUAAAUGUAAAACAGUUUUAAUGAAAGAAAGCACAGAGAUGACCAAAUAAAGGUGUAGAAAGAACACGUAAUAGGAGGCACAAGUUAGCAACAUAAAUGGAGACUGUGUAUAGGAAGCAUAUCCUACUGCUUAAUUUUUCUUCAACAUUUCUAACAACAAAACAAACAUACAUUAGACUAUCAAAUGGAACGGAUGCUCCUAAUUGUAUAUGUACUUCGCCCGUUGUUAAAUAUAUCAUAUUAUUGCCAAAUAGAUGCACAAAUAUAUCUGUGUAUAUUCUCCUAUGUUCAGGAGUUUCAACAACUGGUAGGACUUGCUUUCUUCACUGUGGGGAUAUUAUUUAACCUCACAGAGUGAUGUGAAUCAACAAAUGUACGAAAUGAAAAAGUGUUAUAAAAAGUCCUCCUAAACUGAAUAGCCAGAACAUGAGCAGAUACAUUCUCCUUACCUCAGAAAAGUUAUAGCCUAAAUAUAACAUUAUUUUCUCUUUUUUUUAUAUUACUUAUUUGUUCCCCCUCACACCUUUCAAUAACUUCCUCUAAAAAGUGACUUCAGGUGAAUCAUUCUUGUUUUUGGAUUGUAUUGUUUUAUAACAGCACAAAAAAGCCAAUGGUUAAACUAGCUGCUAUAUUGUUCAUAGAAGCAAAUGAGACCCAUUUUACCUCAUCUGCUUCCAAAAAAACACUAUUUGUGUAUGUGUGUGUGUGUGUGUGUGUGUGUGUGUGUGUGUGUGUGUGUGUUUGUGUGUGUGUGUGC